AUGUUCUUCGCCCUUUCCUUUCUUUCUCUGUUGGAAGCCGAACAUGCCAGGGGAGGCGUUUGUUUCAAAGUUAGCACUCGAGAAUCGAAGAUUACUGUAGCUAAACCGGCAAUGACGUGCUCAAGCAUACUUGCAGGCUCUCAUAUUGCUCCUCGAAUAACGAUUGCUGAUGACGAGAAAUUCGAUAAGAAACAGUUAACAGCGGAAGCGGUACCAUGA